ACAAAGAGUUGGACAUGACUGAGUGACUGAACUAAACUGACAGAAGAGAGUGAGUAUAAAAAUGAAAAUAACCUAUUUUGCAAAUAGAAUUAAACAGUAAGGAAUGAAGAUGGUUGUCAGCCCUCUGAUAGUGAAUCAGUGAAGAAGUUAAAAAUUGGACCAAAGACCCCUGCUUCCCUUUACAGAGCUGCUCAUUGUGUCCUAGUUCAAAGUAUGUGUACACCAUCUUACACCUGGAAGAACUUAGUAUGCUUCUUAGUGGAGAGAUUCGAAGCAACUUACAAGCAUGUUUGUCACCUGAUGGUCUCGAGGUGCAAUGUCUGUCUUCUAUCAUAACCUACCUUUUUUUUUUUUUUUUUGCCACAUCGCACGGCAUGCAGGAAUCUUAGUUUUUAGUCCCCCACCCCACCCCCAGGGAUCCAACCCAUGCCCAGUGCACUAGAAGCGCAGAGUCCUAACCCCUGAACCACCAGGGACUUCCCUUUACCUACCUUCCUGAUGUCUUUUUCCAGUUCACCAUUCUAAUUGGUUUCUCUGGCUGAUGACAUUGUCAUCUUGGACUGUGAUAAGGGCAUUGUAUAGUUUUCCCAUAUGGGCAUGUCUUGACGUCUCUUCUUUGCUAGGAUCUCAGCUAUUCUCUUCAUCGAAAACCCAAUUCUAGGUUAUAAUAACUAAACUUAUCGUGGUAAUCAUUUUGAAAUAUAUAGAAAUACUGAAUCACUAUAUUGUAUAACAGGAACUAACCUAAUGUUGUGGUCAAUUAUACUUCAAAAACGAGCUCAUUAAAAAGAGAUCAGGUUUGUGAUUACCCGAGGCAAGGUGGAGGGAGGGGAAAGUUGGAUGAAGUCAGUCAGAAGAUACAAAAUUCCAGUUAUAAGAUAAAUGAGUACUAGGGAGGUAAUGUACAACAUGAUAAAUAUAAUUAACACUACUUUAUUUUGUAGAUGAAAGAGUAAAUGCUAAGAGUUGUCAUCACAGGGGAAAAUCUUUUUCUAUUUCCUUAAUUUGUAAUCUAUAUGGGAGGAGAGAUGUUCAACAAAUUUAUUGUGGUAAUCAUUUCAUGAUGCAUGUAACUCAAAUCAUUAUGUUGUACACCUUAAACUUAUACAGUGCUAUAUGUCAAUUAUACCUCAAUAAAUCUAGAAGAAAACCCCACUUCUAGGUUGCCUUCAAAAUAGGAGUAUUUAUGAGUGGAUUUCAUUCUGAGCACAAACUUCACACUAACUCGGCACUGCAAUGUGCUCCUUUAGGGCCUUUUGAUGGAGAACUUGGCUAUUGACUACUUCAAAAAAAAAAAAUUUCUUCUGCCAUGUUUGAAAUACUAGAAAGCAGAUGGGAUGGGACGGGGGAAGCAUUCAAUUAAGUGUUCAGUUCAGUCGCUCAGUUGUGUCCGACUCUUUGCGACCCCAUGGACUGCAGCACGCCAGGCUUCCCUGUGUAACUUUAUCUUUGAGGAGGACCACGGCUUCUCCUAAAAUAAGUAGCCUAAAUCCUGUUCCCAAUCAAGAUAGCAAAGUAUAGCAGAGCUAUACAAUAAUUAUCUUUUUUUUUCCCCUCGAACAGCAGGGAGAUAGGUCUGUUUCCGUGUCUGCCCUGCUAUGGAGUAUAGUGAAAGCGAUAGAAAAUUUGGAAACAAAGGGACCUGGUUUGGUCUUAACCCAGGACCAAGUGUCUAGGACCACGGCCACUUUUUUUUGUUUGCCUCCAACGUACGGUGUGCUGUGAUUGGUUAGACUUAAGUGUACAAUGAACCACAUUGGGGAUUAAUAGAUGUGACUAUUAAUAAAUAGUCAACAUUUAUGAAAGAAACCUUAUUUUACAAAAAUGUUAACAACGGCCACGAUUUGGGAGCACGGAAACACCCUUUGGGAAAGCGCAAGCAAAGCGCGACCACACUGUACUUGCGGGCCCCGCCCCGUUGGCCACGCCCCCGCGGAAGCCCGCCUGCUCGCUAUUGGUCGCUCUCCCUGGUCCGUCGGUUGCCGUGGAGACCACGGCUAUGGCAACCAGGAGAAGCCAUACUAGGUCGAGGCUCCGGAACUGCCGAGGGGCCAAGACCCCGAGUGCUCCUCAUGGCGCUCUAUGAGCUCUACGCGCAUCCAGUGGAGCGGGGCUACCGUGCCGGGCUCUGCUCCAAGGCGGCGCUCUUUCUGCUGUUGGCCGCCGCGCUCACGUACAUCCCGCCGCUGCUGGUGGCCUUCCGGAGCCACGGGUUUUGGCUAAAACGGAGCACUUACGAGGAGCAGCCAACCGUGCGCUUCCAGCACCAGGUGCUGCUCGUGGCCUUGCUAGGAUCCGAGCCGGGCGGGUUCCUCGCCUGGAGCACGUUCCCCGCCUUCAACCGGCUGCAGGAGGGUCAUCUGCGCGUCCCGCUUGUCUCGGCUAGAGAAGAAGACAGGAACCAGGAUGGGAAAAUGGACAUGUUGCACUUUAAGCUGGAGCUUCCCCUGCAGUCCACAGAGCAGGUUCUAGGUGUGCAGCUCAUCCUGACUUUCUCCUACCAACUGCAUAGGAUGUCUACAUUCGUGAUGCAGAGCAUGGCGUUUCUCCAAUUCUCCUUCGCUGUUCCGGGGUCCCAGUUACAUGUGAAUGGAGACCUGAGGCUGCAGCAGAAGCAGCCCCUCGGCUACAGAGGCCUGGACGUCCGGUACAACGUGUCUGUCAUCAACGGGACCAGUCCGUUUGCCAGUGACUAUGACCUCACCCGCGUUGUUGCUGCCUAUCAGGAGAGGAAUGUAACCACCAUCCUGACUGACCCCAGCCCCAUCUGGCUGGUGGGAAGGGCCGCAGAAGCUCCAUUUGUGGUUAAUGCAGUCAUCCGAUACCCCGUGGAAGUCAUUUCUUAUCUGCCAGGAUUCUGGGAAAUGAUAAAGUUUGCCUGGAUCCAGUAUGUCAGUAUCCUACUUAUCUUCCUGUGGGCGUUUGAAAGAAUCAAAAGAUUUGUGUUCCAAAAUCAGGUGGUGACCACAAUCCCUGUGACAGCUGUGCCCCAGGGAGAACUGUAUAAGGAGCAUUUAUCAUAAGAAGACCCUUCUGAAAACUCUAAGCAAGACCACCCCUCUUGUCUUCUGAGAACUGCCGUCUUGGAAAAUUUCUGAAGAGUCCGUGGCCGCUUGCCCCCAUGUGUGCUUUUCCCAUCAGAGACAAAGAACAAUCCUUUCUAAUUUUCCUCUACACAGAUUCUGUAUCUUCUAAGCAUCUGCAGAGAUAAUCAGGGACUAGUUUGUAGAAAUGUUUCUGAGGGUUCCUGAAGGCUAUAAUUUGCUUUUGUUUUUGUUUUUCGCCUCAGACUUGGAUCUCGGGAGGAAACUACAGUCAGUUCAGACAGCUUGGAAAGAGUCCCAUCUCUGGUGAAGCAAAGACUUUUCCUCUCUUGAACUGAGAAGCACGCCGUGCAUUUCUUCCCCCUGUUGUAAACCAGGUUUUCCUCUUUGCAGGGCUCUCUUGGGAUAGAUACGCAAUCAUCAGCACUUUCCACUCCUGGGCGUCUAAAUUUCCACUCAGCACUGGUUUCCAGAACUGAGAGGCCUUUGACCGGCGGUCUGGAAGAAGAGAGGGGAGCGCUCGGAGCACAUGUGCGCGCGGGUGGGCGCUGUGAGGGCACGCGGCCCGGCGUCCACCUGCUGCCUCAAACAGACAGGGGUCUGUGGCAGCCCCGCCGAGCAGCCCUUGAUCCCGCCCGCCGGGCGGCGCUUGGCCUCGGGCUGAGCCCUGGAAUAGCAGGCCGCGGUCAGCAGAGCUGCUGCGGGUGCAAGCCCUCCACGACUGUGGGGGAGUAAGCCCUGCAGCAACAGGUCCUUUCUCCCUGGCCCUCGCCCAGCAGGCUGCACGCUUGCCACUCCAGCUCCUCGACAGCCCUCCCCCCGCUUGAAAGGGAUGCAGCGACAGAGGAGCUGCUGUUGCUGUUGGCUCCUGCCGCCUGACAACCAAGAGGUUACUUGGAGGGCUAGCGGGAAGCCGCGACUCGGGUUUCCUCUGGCUUAGGAACAGGGUGCCCAUCACAGUGGGCCGCUUUGGGGAGGCACACGAGGAGCAGGGAGGGCCCAGAGAGGAUGCCAGCCGCGCAGCCCAUUCCGGGCCUGGCCGUUAGCAGAAUGACACGCAGUUCAGCAAGAUCACCCUCGUGACUAAGUGAGCGUCUGCUGAAGAGACCCAGAAUGGGCCUCUGUCAUACGUGGAACAGGGAUUUUCCAUUCACACUAAGGACCGCUGGACCUGCUUCAUGAUCCCGUGCUUUCAUUGGCAGUGGGAGGACACGCCCUCUGAGAUCCGCGUUUCACACCCAUCCACACACACCUCUGAGUUUUUAUUUCCAAAGCACCUUUUCUUCCAGGCUGCCCAAAAUAAGAACUUUAGAAACAAAGCUGUUUUGAAGUAUUUAAGCACAAAAAGAUCCUAACACUGGUCCCUCUGCCUUUUCUUUUAAUAUUUUGAGCUGUUUAUAUGCCUAGAGUUUUUUGUUUUGUUUUCUUCCUUGAGAUUUAAAUAAAAAAGAGUUUCUGAUUUGAAUCACCAAAAGGUAAUGAAAUAUGGAAAGAGAGCUGAAGAUGUAUGUCAACAUGGCUUUGUAUUUUAUUAAAUUAUUCUUCAUGCCAAACAUAUACAAAGAACCAUGAUGUUUUGUAAAUUUAUAAUUAAAAUGUUCAAACUGGAA